AUGGGUAUAAAAGAUAAUUUAGCCAAAAUUGGUGUUUCUAAAAAAGAAAUUUAUCGUGGUUCAUCAACAAAUUUAGGUUUAACAAUUUCAAAUUCAAGAAUCAUUGAGACAGAUGAAAAGAAUGGUAAAAUAUUAUCAAGAUCAAACUCAAGAGAAACCGCUGAAACUUUUAAACCAGAGACUUUAGAAAGAGGAUUGAAAUCAAGACAUGCUCAAUUAAUAGCAAUAGGUGGUGCUAUUGGGACUGGUUUAUUCGUUGGUUCUUCAUCCACUUUAGUUACUUGUGGUCCUGCUUCAUUGUUCUUGGCUUUUCUUUUACUUGGUUCAGUUGUUUAUUUUGUUACUUCAAUGCUUCUUACAAUGACAGUUUUUUUACCAUUGCCAGGAAAUGGUCCAUUAGCUUUCAUCAACGAUUAUUUAUCCCCUUCCUUUGGGUUUGCAUUGGGACUAAAUUAUUGGUAUGCUUUCUCCAUUUUGAUUGCUUCUGAAGUUACAGUCUCAGCCGUUAUAGUACAAUACUGGACAAAAUCUGUUCCUGUUGCAGUUUGGAUUACAAUUUUCCUUGCAAUUAUCAUGAUUAUGAAUUUUGCACCAGUCAAAUUUUUUGGUGAAAUGGAAUUUUGGUUCGCAUCUAUCAAAUUGAUUGCUUUAACCGGAUUAAUCAUAUUAAGUAUUGUUUUAUUCUUUGGUGGUGGUCCGAAACAACAUGGUGUAACUGGGUUUAGAUAUUGGAAACAUUCACCGUUCCACGAACAUUUAGUAUCUGGAGCUACCGGAAGAUUUUUAGGUUUAUGGACAGCUAUCAUUAAAUCAGGUUUUGCUUAUAUCACCAGUCCUGAAUUACUUUCAACAACUGCAGGUGAGACUGUUGACCCAAGAAGAAAUGGUAUUAAGGCUGCCAAGCGUUUUAUUUUCAGAUUAGUUUUCUUCUAUGCCUUAGGAACUUUGAGUAUUGGUGUUAUUGUCAGUUCAAAAGAUACUCAAUUAUUUGGUGGUGCUUCAGAUGCUUCAGGUUCUCCAUUCGUUAUCGCUAUUAAAAAUGCAGGUAUUCAUGUUCUUGAUCAUAUUAUUAACGCUGUCAUUUUAACAUCUGCUUUAUCAGCUGGUAAUUCCUUUCUUUAUUCAGCUUCAAGAACAUUGUUCUCAAUGGCACAACGUGGCAAAGUUCCAAAAUUUUUCAGUAAGGUUAAUAGAUUUGGUAUUCCAUACUAUUCAGUUGGUGCUUCAUCACUUUUUGGGUUCUUGGCUUACUUAAAUGUUUCUUCAUCUUCAGCUAAUGCUUUCAAUUGGUUAUCCAAUAUUUCGACCAUUUCAGGAUUUAUUGGUUGGAUUGCUUGUGCCUUUGCAUUUCUUAGAUGGAGAAAAGCUAUUGCUUUCCAUGGUCUCACUGAUAGAAUCCCAUAUAAACCGUUCUUACAACCAUAUGGUGCUUGGUAUGUUAUUGUGUUUAUGUUAUUAAUCUCGAUCACUAAUGGAUAUGCAGUCUUUUUUGAUUUCAAUGGAGCUGAUUUUGUUGCUGCUUAUAUUACAUUACCAAUUGUACUAGUAUUAUAUUUUGGUCAUAAGAUAUAUUCUCAUAUGAAAGGUGAAAAGUAUUGGUUAAUUCCAAUUCAAGAUAUUGAUUUAGUUACUAAUUUAGACUUGGUCGAAGAAGAAGAACAAAAUUAUGAGGUUCGUGAACCUAAAAAUUUCCUUCAAAAAUUCUGGUUCUGGAUAGCAUAG